UAACGCCCUUGAUUCUUACUUCUGCUGAGCUGUGACCCUGCACCUCAGGUGAAACACAUGACCACAUUAUCAACAGACGGGAUGCAAAUUCUUAUGGGAAAUGAGAUUCAUAAAUCUGGGAGGUGUGACUUCUCAUCGCUUCCAGGUGUGCGGGAGCCCCACCUUAAUCACAGGGAGGGACGCAGCGAAGCACAGCAGACGGGAGGGAUCUGAAAGCCAAGAAUUUGUGGAGGUACAGGUUUCCAACCUUCUAAGCAAGUUGAAAACAAUCCUCUCCGGUGGUGCUUUUGGACCUCGUCCUUUUUUCCCCUCUUCUCCCUUGUGCUCAUUUCUCUUGCUGGCAGAGAAAUGAGCACAUCAUCAAGAUAAGAGGUGCAGAACAUCAACAAGAGUUUACCGCAGCUUGAACGUCAGACUGAGACUAGUUGAGUGUAAUUCGGAGGAGGUGGAUCUGCUUAUACUUGCAUCCCAGAGGAUAAAAGGAUUAAAGACCUGCCACAUCAAAGGACGGUUAAACAAAGGAGGACCGAAUCCUCGUGUGGAUUACUAUAAUGAAUAUGGCCCUUUCAUCCAAGAACCUGAAAUCCCUUUCUCCCCUCCUGUUCCUCUUUUAUGCCCCUCUCACCUGUCUGUGCCAGUCAGCCAACAGCACCUCAACCAGUACCACAACCACCACCACAACCGUUUCCUCAAAUGUUACAUCCCUGAUCGGAGUCCGAGGCUGCGGCAACGGGCUGCAUCCCAUGUACAGGUAUCUGUGUGACCGCCGGGCAGCAUGGGGGAUUGUGCUGGAGACCCUGGCCACUGCGGGCUUCCUGCUAAGUAUAGGGCUCCUCUUAACCCUGCUGAUCUGGUCCCUGUGUGUCUGCAUCUCAUCCCGCCAUUAUCGAAAAAGCAACAUUGGAGGCAUGGUGGCCUCCAUGUCCCUGUUCCUGUUGGCCACGGCGGGGAUCUUCGGCAUCACCUUCUCUUUCAUCAUCAGUCUCACCCCGCAGACGUGCCCCACUAGGCUGUUCCUCUUUGGCGUGCUCUUCUCGCUGGCCUUCUCCUGCCUGCUGGCUCGCUGCCUUGCUCUGUUGGGCUUUGCAGCAGCUCGAGGCUGGGGAGAGCCUGCUGUGGCUCUGGGGCUCUUCACUGUGCAAGUUAUCAUUGCCACAGAGUGGCUGAUCAUCGUGUUGGUCCGGGAUAACAAGCGCUGCGAGUACAGCCAGGGGGAAUUCGUCAUGCUACUGAUCUACGUCCUGUGCUUACUGGCUAUCAGCUUGAUUCUUUCCCUGCACCUCCUGUGCCGCAAUUAUUGCACUUACAGCUACAGCUACACAGGACCCAUCAACCAGCAAGGGAAGCUGCACAGUGGGCUGGUCUUCGUCACACUGCUUCUCUCUGCCUGCAUCUGGGUGGUGUGGAUCACUAUGUUCACCAAGGGGAACCCCGAGCUGGGCCGUCGGCCAAAUUGGGAUGACCCAGUAAUUAGCAUUGCCUUGGUAGCAAAUGGCUGGGUGUUACUGAUUGGGCAUGGGUUGUCCCAGGUCGCCUUCUUCUGCAAUGGGGAGGUGAAGUCCAAGGAUCUCCCUUUGAGCUUUGCAGGAUGGACCAGCCCCAAUGCUGAUAUGCCAGGACUAGGAAGCCAGAAGGAGGGGAGAGACAACGGAAGUUUUGAGAAUGACUUGGAGAACAAGAGAGGCCGGAGAGCUGAGCAAUCGCUGCGAUCGCCCUACGAGUCGGGAUUCUCCAUGACGGAAAUCGACACCGACAAAGAUUACACCAUUCCUCGCCCUCAGACUACCAACUACAAUGAACCCUACGAUGAAUAUUAUGGACAUGAAUAAAACCUUAUCUGAAUAAGGCCUUACACACCUCAUGGCCUAAUUUGUACUUUAAUGUGCAAAAUGUAAAUAUUUUUAGUAUUAUAAGAAAUGGUGUUUUAAGUGUGUUAGUAGGAUUUAAAAUCAUAUGUCGCCCCCAAAGAGAGCAGGCUCAGCAGCAUGACUCAUCUGCUUGAGUUUCAUCAUCGAGGCUGGACGGGUUCAGAUAGUCCAGCUUUGUUCUGGCAAAUCCACGGGGCGAAUUCUCAACAGUGGGGCGUCUCAGUCACGGUGUGUUUGUUGCUACUCGGAGAUGGCAGAUAAUAGCCCUGAGGUGACAGGAGGCGUGAAAGUGUCGCUUUGAAGGUGCCAAACUGCUGAGCAGAGACAUCCACGAAGGAGCGAGAGGACAACUGAGAGGAACGAGAAGAGAGAACGAGGUGAGAAAGGAAAGGAAGGUGGGAUCAGACGAAAUGAGACAAGACAGGAGGAGAUAGGACAGGAGAUCCGUCAGCGCUGUGGGAGGGCUCGUGCCAUCACUGAUCAGCAUCUUCAUAUUCAAAGUUACGUCACAGUUACACGUUUCUGCAAAACAACUGGAGUGAUGUAGAAAGAUACAACAUAGGCAUCUUUUUUACCCCGUAACACUUUAAAAAUACGGCCUGAGGCCAAGUGCGUAAUUCCUCUGUGAUUAAACGGAAUGUCAAUACUUUAUUAUAACGUAAUUAUAUUUACCUACAAAUACUUAAAGGUAGGCACACAGGAAUAAGGGGAUAACAAAUCAGGUUUUACAGAAAACAAAGAAAAACUUAUACUGCAAGUAAAGCUAAUUAGUGUGUAAGCAGUUUUAGUAAAUUUAAGCAGUGCAUAAGGCAUUAUGAGGAGUGCACAGAUUCUGCAAAUUUGAUGGUAUUUGUUUUUUCUUGUAAGGCAGAACAGUCCUCAACACAUUUAUAUUAGUAAAAGAAAAGCACGGUUGAAUAACAGAACAUCCAUCCUGCAAAUCAACAUAAUGAAUAUUAAAUAAACAGGCAAGAAAAGCAAGAUUAAUCCACUCCAUAAUACAGCCUGUGCUGAAAACUACAGUGUGUUUAUGACAUGUGAUUUUUGUUUUUUUCUGUAAAAACCCAACUUGUUCUCACCUUAUUCUAGUGUGCCGACCUCUAAGUAUUUGUAACUAAAUGUAAUUACACUGUAACUUUAAAAAGAAAUGCACUAAAAGUCCAUUCAAUUACAGGAGAACUACGCUCUUAGUCACUUAUUAUAAAGUGUAACCUUUAUUUUACAAAUGCUUGCAUAAUGUGCUCAAUAAAAAAAGACUUCUACAUAAAGGA